AAGGCGCCCCGGCUUCUGGGGAGCCUAUAUAAAGCCCACCAGCCGCAGCCUCCCCUCGCGUGCGCGCACACACGCCGCUGGCUGCCCUUCUGCGCGCACCCGGGUGGUGGAAUUCCUGCUGGCCCUCCUGGCUCCGGGACCCCCGGCCCAGCAGCGCCUGGAACCGGGCGCCUAGCCUCCUUCGGGCACACCCCCGGCAGGCCGGGCCGGGCCGGGCCAGCCCCGCGGGGGAACAGCAGCCGAGCGCACCCAGGGGUGGAGCCCCCGCCACAAGCAGCAGGAAGGUUCAUCCGCGGAGACCAACCUUAUAUGUAGCGCCCGAUGCAGCCAUGGCUCGGUUUUCGCACCGAGGCUCCGCCAGCGCGCCAGCGUCGCAGCGGACCCACGACUGACCGACCCGCCGACUGACUGACUGAGCAGCGCCCGCUCCAUCGCGCCAUCGCCUCGGGAGUUACAAAGUCCGGCCCGGACGCGCGCCCCGAACUCCCUCCCGGGACUUCUCCGUCGCCGUCGCCCCCCAAGCCCGAUGGAUCGCCGCUGAUUUGGGUCGCCCACCCGGGCCUCGCCCCUUCCCGGCUCUCCGUCCCUUCUUUUAUCCCCCCCAACCCCCCUUCCUCCCUCCCCCCCCCCACGUCUCCUGGUGCCUAUUUGGCGAACCCCAAGGAUUGGCAAAGUGGUCGCGCGGAGAAGUUUCCUGCCUGCGGCUGGGCCAAGGGGUGGGGUGGGGGGAAAUGUCUCUGACCAACACAAAGACCGGCUUUUCCGUCAAGGACAUCUUGGACUUGCCCGACACCAAUGACGAGGACGGCUCCGUCGCGGAAGGGGGGGACGAGGAGAGCGAGGGCUCCGAGCCCCCCAAAAAGCCCGGCGUCUUGGGGGCGAGCCCGCUGGACGCGGUUCAGGCGCUGCCUUUGAAAAACCCUUUUUACGACAGCGCGGAUAACCCCUACACGCGCUGGCUGGCCACCACCGAGAGCAUCCAGUAUUCCUUGCACGGCCUGGCCUCGGGCAACUCGCAGCAGGACUCGGCGGCGUCCAAGUCUCCGGAGCCUUCGGCCGACGAGUCCCCGGACAACGACAAGGAGGCGUCGGGCGGCGGCGAGGCGGGCAAGAAGCGCAAGCGGCGGGUGCUCUUCUCCAAGGCGCAGACCUACGAGCUGGAGCGGCGCUUCCGGCAGCAGCGCUACCUGUCGGCGCCCGAGCGCGAGCACCUGGCCAGCCUCAUCCGGCUGACGCCCACGCAGGUCAAGAUCUGGUUCCAGAACCACCGCUACAAGAUGAAGCGCGCGCGGGCCGAGAAGGGCCUGGAAGUGACUCCGCUGCCGUCGCCGCGCCGCGUGGCCGUGCCGGUGCUGGUGCGGGACGGCAAGCCGUGCCACGCGCUCAAGGCGCAGGACUUGGCGGCCGCCGCCACCUUCUCGGCCGGCCUGCCCUUCUCGGCCUACAGCGCCCAGUCGCUCCAGCACAUGCAAUACAACGCCCACUACGGCUCGGCCGCCGCCCCCCAGUACGCCUCGGCGCACCACUUGGUGCAGGCCCAGCAGUGGACUUGGUGAGCCGCGCGCCCGCCCGCCCGCCCGCCCGCCCCGCAGAGACUCCUCGCAGGAGCGCGCCGCAUCCAGCCGACCCGCGGGGGUGGGGGGAGGGGGAGGGAGGGGGCACCGCAGUGCCGCGCGGGGACUUGGGGAGGGGGUUUUGUUCCUUCUUUGGGGACCGGGAGGGGGGGUGUCAGUUUUCAUUUUGGGGGGAGGUGUUUUGUGCGCCACGUUUACAAGAAAGAGAGAGAGAAAAAAACCCGCGCCGUCGCCAGUGGUCCUGUCCGCCUACAACUGAACAUUUUGCAAAAAUAAGAAUAAAAAAAACCGAAUGACA